GGUCCGAGAACGAGGGGAGAAUUGUGCCUGAAUCUUGAGUGUGCUGCAUUCCACUCCACCCCUCGUGGUGACUCACCCCAAUACUGCAGCAGGGACACCUUGAGAAGGCGGGUCAAGCCCAAGGAUCGGGUAGAGUCCCCAUGGAGGUGUGGAGCCUUGUCACCGAUCUGUAACUGCAGAACUGGGAUGUGGAGCUGGAAGGGUCUCCUUUUCUGGGCUGUGCUGGUCACAGCCACACUCUGCACUGCCAGACCAGCCCCAACCUUGCCUGAACAAGCUCUGCCCUGGGGAGGCCCCGUGGAAGUGGAGUCCUCUCUGGCGCACCCUGGUGACCUGUUGCAGCUUCGCUGUCGGCUAAGGGAGGAUGUUCAAAGCAUCAACUGGCUGCGGGACGGGGUGCAGCUGGUGGAGAGCAACCGUACCCGCAUCACGGGGGAGGAGGUAGAGGUGCGGGAUGCCGUCCCCUCGGAUUCCGGGCUCUACGCCUGUGUGACCAACAGCCCCUCAGGCAGCGACAUCACCUACUUCUCCGUCAAUGUUUCAGAUGCUCUACCUUCCUCAGAAGAUGAUGAUGAUGAUGAUGACUCCUCAUCAGAGGAGAAAGAGUCAGAUAACACUAAGCCAAACCGUACGCCCGUGGCUCCAUACUGGACAUCACCAGAAAAGAUGGAAAAGAAAUUGCACGCGGUACCAGCAGCUAAAACAGUGAAGUUCAAAUGCCCUUCAAAUGGCACCCCUAAUCCCACUCUGCGUUGGCUGAAGAAUGGCAAAGAAUUCAAACCUGACCAUCGGAUUGGGGGCUACAAGGUCCGCUAUGCCACCUGGAGCAUCAUAAUGGACUCAGUGGUGCCAUCUGAUAAAGGCAACUACACCUGCAUCGUAGAGAAUGAAUAUGGCAGCAUUAACCACACUUACCAGCUGGAUGUUGUGGAGCGGUCACCUCACCGGCCCAUCCUGCAGGCUGGAUUGCCUGCCAAUAAAACAGUGGCUUUGGGCAGCAAUGUGGAGUUUAUGUGCAAGGUGUACAGUGACCCCCAGCCUCACAUCCAGUGGCUAAAGCACAUCGAAGUGAAUGGGAGUAAGAUUGGCCCAGACAACCUGCCAUAUGUGCAAAUUCUAAAGCAUUCGGGGAUUAAUAGCUCAGAUGCGGAAGUGCUGACCCUGUUCAAUGUGACAGAGGCCCACAGCGGGGAGUAUGUGUGUAAGGUUUCCAAUUAUAUUGGUGAAGCUCGCCAGUCUGCGUGGCUCACUGUCACCAGACCUGUGGCAAAAGCCCUGGAGGAGAGACCAGCAGUGAUGACUUCGCCUCUAUAUCUGGAGAUCAUCAUCUAUUGCACGGGGGCUUUCCUCAUCUCCUGCAUGGUGGGGUCUGUCAUCAUCUACAAGAUGAAGAGUGGUACCAAAAAGAGCGACUUCCACAGCCAAAUGGCUGUGCACAAGCUGGCCAAGAGCAUCCCCCUGCGCAGACAGGUAACAGUGUCUGCUGAUUCCAGUGCCUCCAUGAACUCAGGAGUCUUGCUGGUUCGGCCUUCACGCCUCUCUUCCAGUGGGACCCCUAUGCUAGCAGGUGUCUCUGAGUACGAACUUCCUGAAGAUCCCCGCUGGGAACUGCCCCGGGACAGGUUGGUUCUGGGCAAACCACUGGGAGAAGGCUGCUUUGGACAAGUAGUACUGGCAGAGGCUAUUGGGUUGGACAAGGAUAAACCCAACCGGGUAACCAAGGUGGCAGUGAAGAUGCUGAAAUCGGAUGCAACAGAGAAGGAUCUAUCAGAUCUGAUCUCAGAAAUGGAGAUGAUGAAGAUGAUUGGGAAACACAAGAACAUUAUCAACCUACUAGGGGCCUGCACACAGGAUGGUCCUCUGUAUGUCAUUGUGGAAUAUGCCUCCAAGGGCAACCUUCGUGAGUACCUGCAGGCCAGGCGGCCACCUGGGCUUGAAUACUGUUACAACCCCAGCCAUGCCCCAGAAGAGCAACUCUCCUCAAAGGACCUAGUGUCUUGUGCCUACCAGGUGGCCAGGGGCAUGGAGUAUCUUGCCUCCAAGAAGUGCAUCCACCGGGAUCUGGCAGCCCGGAAUGUCUUGGUGACUGAAGACAAUGUGAUGAAAAUUGCAGACUUUGGUCUUGCUCGGGACAUCCAUCACAUUGACUACUACAAAAAAACAACCAAUGGUCGGCUGCCUGUCAAGUGGAUGGCUCCUGAAGCACUGUUUGACCGGAUCUAUACACACCAGAGUGAUGUGUGGUCAUUUGGGGUGCUGCUGUGGGAAAUUUUCACUCUGGGAGGCUCCCCUUACCCUGGUGUGCCUGUAGAGGAGCUUUUCAAGCUGCUGAAGGAGGGUCAUCGAAUGGACAAGCCCAGCAAUUGCACCAAUGAACUGUACAUGAUGAUGCGGGACUGUUGGCAUGCAAUUCCCUCUCAGAGGCCUACCUUCAAGCAGCUUGUAGAGGACCUGGAUCGAAUUGUGGCUCUGACCUCUAACCAGGAGUACUUGGACUUAUCAGUGCCCCUGGACCAGUAUUCACCCAGCUUUCCAGACACCCGCAGUUCUACUUGCUCCUCUGGAGAGGAUUCAGUCUUCUCCCAUGACCCACUGCCUGAGGAGCCCUGCUUGCCCCGACAUCCGGCCCCACUGGCCAAUGGGGGACUAAAACGGCGCUGACAUUCCCCCACAACGAACUCCACAAACUGAUAUCCUUAUCCUGGUUGGGCUCAUCUCCCUUCCUUUUUUCCUUCUCCCCGCCCACAGGAGUAGGCUGCCCACAACUCAAGGCCUUCCCUUUAUUGCCCAUCUCUAGAUAUGCCAUUGAGCUGAUUUCCCUUCCAGAAAUUAAUGUCAGCCCCUUCUUCUGGGAAAAAGGGAAAUAGAGGUACUUCCAGUUGGCUACUUCAUUCCCCUUAACGUUGGACCAGGACCUCUCCCUGCCUGGAAGGGAGGGAGAAUGGGGAGUGGGCAUGGAAGUGGAGGCUUACUGGGCUCUCUCUGGUACUGUUUUUAUUUUAACCUACUAGCCUCCCACAUGUUGGCGACAGGUGCCUUGUCCUCAGGCUGCAGCAUGGGGAGGUCAGUCAGUCAGUGCCUCAGGCCCCCAUUGAAGGUGACCUCAGCUCCAGAAGGGUGGUACUAGUGGCUUAUUAAUUCCAAUACUAAUUUGCUUUGCUGACCAAACACACCUGGUACCAGAGGAUGGUGGGGCAAAGGCUGGGGGCAGUCUGUGGCCCUGGGGCCCAGCCCCAUCCUGGGGCUUUGUAUAUAACUAUGAAGAAAACACAAAGUGUAUAAAUCUGAGUAUAUAUUUACAUGUCUUUUUAAAAGGGUUGUUACCAGAGAUAUACCCAUUGGGUAGGGCGCUCCUAGUGGCUGGGAGACAUCAGUUGCUAUAUAUUGAAAAAAAAGAAAAAAGGAAAAAAAGGAAAAAAGUUUUAAAAAAAGGUCAUAUAUUUUUUUGCUACUUUUGCUGUUUUAUUUUUUUAAAUUAUGUUCUAAAUCUAUUUUCAGUUUAGGUCCCUCAAUAAAAAUUGCUGCUGCUUCAGUUUUAUAUGGGUUGUAUGAAAAGGGAGAGAGGAAUUUUGGGAAUUAACUGAGAAAAUGAGAUUAAAUAUAUACUGGGGCUGUACUGUCUUUGUAAAGGGCAUAUGCCCUAUAGUUCCUAUUUACCUUUUCAUUCAAUUAAGUUUAAUUCAACAAAAAUAUAUUAAAUGCCUACUAUAUGUGCAAGGCACUGUUAGGCACUGAGGACAUCAAGAAAAAUCCAUUCUUUGUCUUCUGAAUCUUCUCAGAGGCUGCCAAGGGCUCUGGUCCUUCUGGGAUGGUCUAGGGAUAGUAGACAGGAGUGGACAGGAGUCUUCUGCCAGUGCGCCUGCCCAUGGGGUUGGGCACCAGGCCCAGGCCAAAGCAGCCCUUCACAACAGAUUAUUUCCUUAUAGGAAGCUGUUCAUUCGGGCACAUGCUGGCUGCUACCCUGUGGGAAGGGGGGGGGGGAAGUGAGCUACAGACCAUCCAGAACAGUUCCCUGGGCAGGUCUCAAGGAGUGGUCCCUGAGGCUCAGGGCGGUAUCCACACCUUCCCAGGCCCUGGGGCUCACCAUUCCUCAAUCCACACCACAAAUGGUUCUCUCUAUGUCAUACAUACCAAGUACCCAGACUACAUCCAAGCCUCUCCCUUGGCAACAUCACAGAUUGAUCACUGCCUUCCCAACGCUCUUCCUAUUUAAGGGGAGAAGGGGGUGGGUAGAGCCACCCCUCCAUAGGGGUGGAGAUCCUCUGGAUGUUUCUGUCCAUUUAGAAUUGUGCUUUCUGCUGCCACCUGCCGGGCUAUUUCCUGUACUGCUAGCCAAGCCUCUCUCCUUUCCAGUGGCCUGCUCUCUGCACCUCUUAAGGCUCCCCCACCUCCAGACUUUCUAGAUUUCCCACCCCCUGAAUGUAAUGGCAAGUUCAGGAUAUUGCUCAUCCCUUUGAUUUCUGUGGGGAAAAUGGAAACAGCUGCUUUGAUGUUUUAUCUCUGAGUUGGUCAUUUUGUCAUAGCUCAAUGCUGACACUUGUGCAGUUGUUUCUCUGUUAUCCUUGAUUCCUCUCUUAUCUGUAAAACUGUCAACCUCA